UAAAGCCCAAUAACAAAAGAACUUCCUAUAAAGAAUUCAAUAAUACUUACAAAUGAUUAAUUUGAAAAUUUUCAAAAAUGAAGCGAUUUUAAAUUUUACAAAGUGAUUUCUUAGUUGUUAAACAUAAAAAAAUGAUUUACUCCAACUCGGGUUUAGAACUCUUAUUUGUAAUUUUCAUGUUGUCUUUUGUUUUUCUUUUUGAAAGUUCUUCUACGUUUCGAUAUUAUUGCAAGUAUUCUUUUUACUAUGCUUUUGUUAUGUUUGAGUCGGUUUUUAUGAUUCCUCUAUUUUUGAUUAAUGCAAAAAAUGUUUCAAACUUGGUUUGGGCUGGAUAUGUUACACGACCGAUUUCUAUGUUUUUGGGUAUAAAAUGGGAGUUGCGAGGCAAAGAAAUCCUUAGCCAAGAUAAAACAUUUGUAAUUGUAGCCAAUCAUCAAAGUUCCAUUGAUGUUCUUGGAAUGUUUCAAAUUUGGCAUAUAAUGAAUAAAUGCACAGUUGUAGCAAAAAAGGAACUGUUAUAUGCUUUUCCAUUUAGUUUGGCAGCGUGGUUAUGUGGUUUAAUAUUCAUUGACCGGAAGCAUGCAGAUAAGGCAAAAGCAUCAAUAAAUGACGCUGCUGAAUAUAUUAAAAGCAACCGUAUAAAAUUAUGGAUUUUUCCAGAAGGAACUCGAAGAAACACUAGAAAGAUUCAUGAAUUUAAAAAGGGAGCAUUUCAUUUUGCAUUAGCAAAUCAGUUGCCUAUAUUACCAGUGGUUAUUAGUUCAUACUCUUCAUUUUUGGAUGACCAACAACAUCGCUUCGAUCAAGGAAAAGUAAUCAUCACUACAUUACCUCCUAUUAUGACGAUUGGAUUAAAAAUAGACGACAUAGAAGACUUGAUGGAACGUACACGCAACAUUAUGAUCAAGACAUAUAAUGAAACAUCUAAAGAAAUUGAUGCUAUACACAAUUCGUCAAAAUUUACUAAAAAGUUUAGGUUUCUACCUAAACUUACAGAUUUCACUUUAAGGCCAUCGAUUCGAACCGUUGAUCUCGGAUAAUGUGAUAAAUAUUUUUUAGAUUUACUAUUCUUUUUUCGUAAAAAAACAACACUCGAAAGUAUGCAAUUUAUUCCAAAGACAAUUUAAAUUAAGUAUUUACAUAAAAGUUCAAUAAAUCAAUUUGAAUUUUUUAGACAAACUGAAUGAAACAUUACAUUAUAAAAUGUCCAACGUUGUGAACUUAAUGGUAUUUUAGUUUAAUAACGGACUUUUUUUUAUUUUUAGAAUAAUAAUUAGAGGAAGUUCCUAAUAAAUAUUUAUUUUAAUCUAAAUAUAAUAUAUUUACAUACAUAUUGAUUUAUGACCGUAAUAUUAUUAAUUUUAUUUUAUAAUAAUUGUAUUUUAAGCAUAAAAAGGGACAUUUUUUGACCCCCACCCCCCCUUAUAAUCGGAAACCGUCUCGUAAUUUAAACACCCCCCUAAUUAACGACGUACUUUUUAGCAAAAUAUAACCCCCCCCCCCCCCCUUUUAAGAAAAUUUGUUUUAAAUUUAGCUCAAAUUUAUAUAGAAAUUUUUUAAAAAAAUUUACACGAUUGCUCAGUAGGUUACAAAACAAAACAAAAAAGUUUGAAGCGCUCUAAUAUUUUUGAAAACUUGAAACAAAAAAUCUUAACCAUAGAGAAUUUAUGCGACGUCGUAUUUUCCUUUUAACCAACUAAAAGUUCCCGGGAAUAUUGGCCCAAUAUUUAUCGAUUUUUAAAGAUUUCGAAAUGUCAGAAAAUUUAGCCCAUUUGUGCCAUAAAGUAUAAAAAAGUAAAAAUAUUAUUGUUUAAUUUCUGUUUAAAGUAAAACUUUUUACAAUGCAUUUUUUUUAAAAGAUUGAAUGAUUCAAAUAAACAAAUACCAAACCAAAAUUCGUUAA